UAGAGACCUCCGUCGACUCUAAAUGUGGGGAUCGCUGGUUCGAUGCUAGGCCCGUCUGACGUGGUGAAGGCUCUCAGUAUGAACUGUCGUCAGACCACUAAAUACAACAACAACCACCGGAGAACCCUUGACAGACGGGGACUCGCUGCGCGUGGUUGCCGCCCACACGUCGCAGUUAUCACAAGAGAGAGAGAGACUGACAGAAUAACUAACUUUCGAAGUAGUGGCAGCCACACUUUCUGUCGCUCUGUAGUUUUAUAUUUCUGUCUUUUUAUUCAUACAUCGCUUUUAGCCACUAGAUGAGAAAGUUAUUCGAUUUGCUAAAUUUAAAAAUAAUCGUGAGAAAGAUGUGGAUUCUAAAGCAGUGAGCUGACAGUGAGUUUGGUGACGGAUCGAAUCCAGUGUUCGCUACAGAAAGCAUGUCGAACGUUGGGGCUUUGCGAGGAGGAGGGGAACCUUACCGUGGAACGUGUGGUCCAGGCUCCUGUCGAUUCGGAGGCUCGAACAGUUCACUGACGUCGGCGAAUCGCAGGAAGAAUAAAAUCUCGGGAUGUACGACCACAUCCGUUCAGCAAGCAGGUCAAGGUCCGCACAUUGUUGGCAAGCGGCGAGCUUUGUUUACCAGCAUCCAGGCACCACCUCCAGAGAAACGACUGAAGAGAGGAGCUCUUAUCACCAGUCGCUCUUCCUCGUCGCCGAUUUCUCUGAACAGGUAUCUGGAAACGGCCCACCACCCCACCGACGGAGGGCGCUACCAGGUGGUGUACACACAACAGUACACACGGCACGUGAAACUCGUGCAGAAGGCAUUGACAGGACUUAAUCGACGACUGAAGAAAAAAGAAGGAUCAGAAAAGAGAGGGGUUGUCUCCCGAUGGAGCGCUCGACACUCCGAGAAGCUGUUUCCGGGCAUGUGCCGGAGGACCUACUGUGUCCCUCCGGUCUUCAUCAACACUUACGGAAUGAGGGAGGACAAGGAGUGUUCCUUCAAAGUCGGGAGUCCCGUCUUCAAAACGAGAGUGACGGAGAGCGACCUCCGAGGAGAUAACAGCCACCGAAUGGUCGCGAGAGCUUUUGAGUCCUUGAGCCGCCAACUGGAGAGACAAGGAGAUACCUGCAUGUUCCUCAUCUCCGACUACACCUACGACAACUACUUCCGGUGGUGUCGUGACCCGCGACAGUUGUGGCACGAGUGUGGCGACUGGUUCCGGCGCCUUCAGCCCGACGCCUCGUUGUUCAGCCAUGGCGGAGAGCAGGAUUCAUGUUUUAGUGUUCCAGAGGAUGCUGGAGUCCAGAGACAUAAAACUGGUCUCAUCGUUCUUCAUCAAGACAAAGGCAUUCUGCUGAUACAGAUCAAAUCUAUUGGAAGCCAGGAGACGUCAAGGGAGAUCAUCAAGCUGAAGAUCGAAGACUGCAUCAGCCGACAGUUGAACAGAGACGUUCACAUUUUAUGUGAGCUCCUUCAACCAGACCGCGCCCGUGACGUCACGAGGGUGUUGGCGCUUCCGAACAUCAGCACCGAAGACCUUCUCAAGCUCGAUCUCGACAAUAGGUUAGGGAAUAACGUCGAGUUCCUGCUGAAAGACCACCUGUUAAGCGCCGACACAGGUAUCCCAGAAUCACAAGCUGAUGUCACGAGGUUCUCACGCUGGUGGCGACAACUUCCGGACAAACCUGUACCUCUGGAGGUCAUCAAAGAGAUCGCCGGAAGGUACGUCGGAAUACUCUCAACACCCAUUGACCUGCUUGAAGUCAACGAACGCAGUCGAGUGCGGGACUUCUGUGACGUCACUUUGCUUGUUGGGCGUCUGUUUAAACGCCUCCUGCUCACAGACGAACAGACAAACAUACUGAAGACGCGAGCGUCCGACAAGAGAGUGUAUUUGUGCGGGCCCCCCGGUUCUGGUAAGACCUUGCUACUCAUCAUGAGAGCCCGGAUGUUCCUAUGCGAGACAAAACUGCAUCACGUGGUCGUCCUGAACCUAUACCGGGGGGCAAAGGGGAGAGUCAUCGGAUCCCACAUCAUGAAAGCUCUCUGCCGACCUGACGAUACAUACGGUCAUGGUGUCGCAGUCGUCAAGUCCAGGGUCCACCACGUCUGCCUGGACCUCAAUGACGAUGUAAGCAUAGUGCAGGUGGUCCGGCAGACUCUGCCGUCAGAUGUGGAGAUGAAGGACGUUCUGUUUAUCAUCGACGAGGUCCUCCCAGAGAGGUACUGGCAAAACAUUCUGCUGGCGUUAGGGGCGGGGCUGCGGAACUGUCACGUCUGGUGCGCUGGUUUGAGCAGCAACGCCCCUAAGGGCCUGUCAGGCUGCCAGACGAGUUCCCUAAGCCUCGUCCUCCGUUGCCCGCCAUCCGUGCAAAACGUUCUACAGCGCGUGGACUGGGAGGAUCAGCGGAAGCGGGCCUACCGUGGGGACGCGGACAACCCCAACGUCGCUUCCAAUGGCCCCGCCCCUUUGAGCAUCAGGCACGAACGUCACCAAGGGGGCGUAACCGUCGCGGAGUGCGCCAAAUGCGCCGAGGAACUGGCCAGUCUGCUACAACAUGAGCUGCAUCUCGUGAGGCCACAGGACAGGGACCCUGCGUUGCCUAGCGACAUCGUCGCUUCUGUCCAAUCACCGGUACAGAUUCCUUGCCAGAUCAUCGUUCUGUACAGUGUUCCGCGCCAGCAGUUCCGAGGUUCCAGUCUAGAAAUGCGGGACGAGCUAGAGCUGCCUGCCGAUCGCUUCAAACGUCACGUGGAGAAGAUGUCCUCGUGCAUGUUCUUCGUGAAGCUGAAGGAGAAGCUGGGUAACGUCACACUUCGUGUAGUCGAGACGCUGGACGAUCCGUCAGUUGAAGGGGGAGAUAAUUCUAACGAAAUCCUCUUUUCUUGGGUGGAUAUUGUCCAGGUCUGGAAAAAGACGCUGUUAUCUUUCUGCCUGGAGACCUCUCGGCAAAAGAAUCAUGUUCUGAGACAGUGGAAGGAAAGCCGCGAAUACAGUCCUCAACGUCAAUGAUUUUUGCAGAAUUAGAAGAAAUAACAAAACCUCACCUCUUAUCAGUAAACAUGACUGACAGGAUCCCUGUAGCUCCUAGGCGAAGCGAAACUCAUUUACAGAGGACGUUCCUAAAUAAAUUUGUUUCCGGACAAUCUUUCAACAGUGAAAGCUUCUCCAAAGCAGCAUAUAGACACGAUGGCGCAACGAUCCAUCUUUACUGGACCUGUGACCGUCACGGACAGCAGUUUUGUCGGAGAGUUGAAACCUCGCGAGAUGGCUGUUCCAGGUUUGUCCAGACGAGACUUACUCCCACCACGAAAAGUCAUCCAACCAGCUCUUUCUCAGCAGCAGAGCCACGCCCAAACGAGGCGAAGAAAUCGGGAGAUGAAGGAGAGGCGAGGUGGAAAUUAUAUUGGAAACUGGGGUAGCGGGUAUGCAUUGGCUGGUGGAGGACAUCGCCAGGUACAGCGAAUGGGAACAGAGCAACCUCCUGCUGGCUGCAUCCAGAUGCUGCGCGCAGCUCAUUAUGAUCGUGCCCUGACCUCCGGCAAGGAUAUCGAGGUGAGUUGGACAGUCAAGCUGGCCACGUGACCCUGAACGACACCCUGUUGAAAACUAUCCUUCAAGGCACCAUCGAGGGUGGCCGACACCAUAGUGGCCAGAGGUGACAGAAUAAAGAAUCUUGAAUCUUACUUCAGAGCUGAGCUCUAAUAAAGACCAAUAGCAAAUGCGAAAA